AUGAUCGCAUCGCAGGAGGAUCAAGACGUGCUGGCCGUCUACUUCCGCCCGGUCUCGACAGUGGCGUACAUUCUCAGUCUGGGUGUGGUUCAAGAAUACCGAAGGGUCGGGAUUGCGUCGCUCUUGUUGGAUUCGUUGAUUCGCCAACUCACGACACCCGAAGCUGUGCACUGCAAAGCGCUUUUUUUGCAUGUUCUGACUUCUAACAGUUCUGCCAUCCGUUUCUACGAGAAUCGGAAUUUCAAGUGA